CUCCGUCUCCAUGACAACCCUGCACUUCAGGAGGCAGUGCGUGGGGCAGACACUGUCCGAUGUGUCUACUUCCUGGAUCCCUGGUUUGCUGGGUCGUCCAACCUCGGGGUUAACAGGUGGAGGUUCAGCUGGAGAUGGUGAUCGUUCAUCCAGAGUGAGAAGUCCCUCAGGCAUGCUGAGAUGCAGGCAGAAACAGUGGGAUCUUCAGGGUGGAACGACAAGUGUCAUCCGCAUAGCAGUGGUAGGAAAAGCCAUGUUUCCGAAUGACAGAACCCAGGGGUGUCAUGUAUAUCGAAAAGAGCAGUGGUCUGAGCACUGAGCCUUGAGGUACCCCGGUAUUGAGACGCUGGGGUUCGGAGACGUCACCUCUCCAGGAUAUUCUAAAUGAUCUACCUGAGAGAUUUCUCCUGCAGUGCCUGGAUGAUCUUGAUUCCAGUUUACGAAAACUCAAUUCCCGCCUUUUUGUCAUCCGAGGACAACCAGCCAAUGUUUUUCCACGUCUUUUCAAGGAGUGGAAAAUAUCCAGGUUGACUUUUGAGUAUGACUCCGAACCAUUUGGGAAGGAGAGAGAUGCAGCUAUUAAGAAGCUUGCAAUGGAGGCCGGUGUUGAAGUCAUUGUCAAGAUCUCGCACACCCUUUACAACCUUGACAAGAUUAUUGAACUGAAUGGUGGUCAGCCUCCUCUCACUUACAAACGUUUCCAAACGCUGAUCAGCCGAAUGGACCCACCAGAGAUGCCAGAAGAAACCCUCUCCAAUGCCAUGAUGGGCUGCUGUGUCACACCUGUCUCUGAAGACCAUGGGGACAAAUAUGGCGUGCCCUCCCUGGAGGAACUAGGAUUUGAUAUUGAAGGACUGCCUUCUGCUGUGUGGCCAGGAGGUGAAACUGAGGCAUUAACAAGGAUUGAGAGACACCUGGAGAGAAAGGCUUGGGUUGCCAAUUUUGAAAGACCUAGAAUGAACGCCAACUCUUUACUGGCCAGCCCGACUGGCCUGAGUCCCUACCUCCGUUUCGGCUGCCUCUCCUGCCGCCUCUUCUACUUUAAACUCACAGACCUCUACAGAAAGGUAAAGAAAACCAGCACUCCUCCUCUUUCACUCUAUGGUCAGCUGCUGUGGAGGGAGUUUUUCUAUACCGCUGCUACUACCAAUCCACGGUUCGACAAGAUGGAGGGCAACCCGAUCUGUGUGCGUAUCCCCUGGGACAAGAACCCUGAGGCCCUGGCCAAGUGGGCUGAGGCUAAGACUGGAUUUCCCUGGAUCGAUGCCAUCAUGACCCAGCUGAGACAAGAGGGCUGGAUUCACCACCUGGCCCGUCAUGCUGUGGCAUGUUUCCUUACCCGUGGAGACCUGUGGAUCAGCUGGGAAGAGGGCAUGAAGGUGUUUGAGGAGCUUCUGUUGGAUGCUGACUGGAGCGUGAAUGCGGGCAGCUGGAUGUGGCUCUCCUGUAGUUCUUUCUUUCAACAGUUCUUUCAUUGUUACUGUCCAGUGGGUUUCGGCAGGCGCACCGACCCUAACGGCGAUUUCAUUAGACGAUAUUUACCUAUUCUCAGAGGUUUCCCUGCCAAGUAUAUAUACGACCCAUGGAACGCCCCAGAUUGUGUGCAGGCCGCUGCUAAAUGCAUCAUCGGCGUCCACUACCCCAAACCCAUGGUGAACCACGCCGAAGCGAGUCGUCUCAACAUCGAAAGGAUGAAGCAGAUCUACCAGCAACUCUCGCGCUACAGAGGACUCGGACUUCUGGCCUCCGUACCAUCCACACACAAUGGGAAUGGGAAUGGAAUGGCUUACUCCCCAGGGGAGCAGCAGCCCGGGAGCAACACGCCAGCACCGGCUGUAUCAGGCAGUUCUGUUGCCAGUGGUAACAGGAAUGGAAGUAUUCUGCUGAACUUUGGCAAUCAGGAGCAUCAGGGACCAAGUGGAAUACAGCAACAAGAACAGCAGCAACAACAACAGCAACUAGGUUAUCACCACAUGCCUGACUCGGGGCAGACUAUCCCAAGCAGUCGACUUUACCAGUGCAAUAUCUCACAUGACAUGGCAGGCCCUCAACAUUCAGGGAGUGUGACCGGGAAGAGGGAAAGAGAGACGGAACGAGAUAUUGAAGGAGAAGAUGACUGUCUCUCCACCUUUCACAAGCUACAACGACAAAUUGAAGAGGUGACUUCAGUUCACGCCACCAGUGGAAACCAGUCGAGUAUGAAGAGUUAGAUGGACAAAUCAUCAUUUUGAGCAGAAUAACAAGACAGGGGCCUGAUCUGUCUUCCUAUAAACUCUCAUAUUGGUCAAAAAAUAAUAAAUACAUUUUUGAUUUGGCUUUUUUGUCAUCAUCAAAAGAUACAAAUGCUAGAUGGGUUCAUUUCAGAAUUCAUUUUUAUAAAUGAAAUUCAUUUGCUUUGAAAAAAGUUUAAGAAUUCUGUGUCCCAUAACAAAUGAAGUAUAAAAGUAUUUCCAUGUUUCCUUGGCGCAAAACCCUUUUGUUUUUGGGCUAGAUUUGUCUUUGCAUUAGGUUUAAUUUAUUAUCAGGUUCAAGUGAGAUAGAUUUAUAGGCUUUUAUUAAGCAGGACCACACUCGUCACAACUGCGACAGCUCUUUUGUACCUUUACAGUGUUCUGGAUAUCUCUGACUCUCAGUAGAGUGGUGUAUGUGCCACAUUUUGUAAACAGAAAAAAUGUAUACAGUUAUAUUUUAUAUAUUGGUGUUUCUUUUUUGACGGUUCUAUGUUUUAGCGUUUCAAUUUACUUAAACAUAUAUAAUAAAAUACCAGCAGGUUUUACAGUUUUUUAGAUUUUAAAAUCACAUCAAUGAAAUUAAAUUGGCAUUUUUUAAACUUCAGAACAGAACCAGUGGUGGAUUUCAGUUCUUGAAUGUUUUUAGAGACAAUACUUCAUUAAAUUACUGUAACUGCAUCUGUACAUUAACAACAACAUCUUUUUCAUUGUCGUACCUGGCUGACACACACAGACAGCUGACCUCUAUGGUUAAGCCUUAAAACUGAUAAACUUACAUCCUGCCAAAGUCAGGGAAUGAUACUGGAAACCAUAUUCGAAGUGUUGAUCACUACAACUAUCUUAGAUCUUCAGGUAAACAUUUACAAGGUUAAAUGUAACAACUAAAACACUGUUUUGACAGCUUUCGUGACUACGUUGUCUCAGACGAUGAUAUGUUUGUCUUGUCGCGGCUACCGUAGCUUCACUAUGUGUUUCGAACGGGAGGGGUGAACUGAGCCGUUGGUUGCAAUUCACAGUCUCACUGCUAGAUGUCGCUAAAAUCUACAUGGUGGACCUUUAAGCAUAAAUUGACAUUGUAACAUUGACUGACAUUCCAAAAAUAAUCAAACUAUGUCAAAAUUAGAUUAUUAGAGAUUAGAUCUAGCUUCCCAACUCUGUAACCUAAAACCGUAACUGUAAUAUCUGAUAUUCCUCUUUCUUUCCAUCUGUAUUUGGCCAGCAAUGCUUUACUGUAUAUACUGCCUCUUGUGCUAAAUGUGUACCCAAAGUUUUUAAUCAUCACACCAAAUACCAUUCAUUAAUUAAAUAUAUAGUUGUUAGUUUUCUGCCCAGAUAUAAAGCAAUCACUAUAAAUAUACUUGUUGAAUAGACAUUUUCACAAAGACAUGUGAAUGGGUGAGAUGUUUGAAAGAGAUACUGUAAAACUUACAAUAAACCUUCUUUUUUUUAAAUGCAUAAAUCGAAUGUAAAUUUAAUUUGUCUAUGUGAUAUGGAAAAAUUUCUAUAACAAAGGAAUCCACCAAAAUGUUUACAGUGUUACCAACACAGAUGCCCUCAUGACAACUAUUGUGCAUAGCUAUACCAUGUGUCCCUGUAGUCCAUGUAUGGGUGUUUUACAUGGUGAUGAUGAAUAUAUAGGCUUGAAUAUUUGUUUGUGUAGCUGGAUAUGCUUUGACACUGUAACAUCGGUGUUGCCGUUGAUGUAGAUUAUGGGCUGUUACGACCAGCAAAAGUUUUCAGUUCUUAUGUGAAUGUUUUGAUAAAUAAAAUUGUAGAAACCUCAAUGCUUUUUGACUCUAAUAUAUCUGCUAUUAUAGCUUAUUGUUUUGAAACAGCAAAAGUUUCUACCUGUUUGGCUUAGUUGUUUGCUUGCAUUUUAUUGUUUUUAUUUUCUUUCUCUGGAAUAAAUGUGUCGAGUCUAAUUCCUGUUUGUAAACAGUUGAAAGUAAAUCUGGUUGAAACUGGA